UCCUUACAUAGACCAGCACACAGGGGAUCAGGGGAACGUUCCUAAGACAUGAAUAUACCGGAUCUCCAUCCUCACUGGUCAGUUGGUCUCUUCUUCUUCCCAUUCAGCACCUGCAACUUACCUUAUCUUUUCUCUAAUCCUAACUAAACCCCUCAAAAAAAUUGCAAUUUCACCAUGGCAGAACGGAGUUCCGUUCUGUCGUUUCGAAGCAGACCGAACCUGAAAACCUCACAGUGUACUCUCAUUGAGCUCACUGACCAUCAGCCGCUGUGGAAGAGCGCCCAUCUCAGUUGCAGUGUCAGUGGUGGUGGUGGUGGUUAUGGAAAUUUUGGUAAUUUUGCUUCCGUUUCAAUGGCUGAGAAGGGAGAUAAAUUUGAAUUCGCUCCUAGCUCGGCUCAGCUACUGAAGCAUCCGUUGGUUGUUCUUAGUUACGUGCCGAGAGACGCUGCGAUUUUUGUUGCAGGUGCAAUUGCUGGUGCUGCGGCUAAGACUGUAACGGCUCCGCUUGACCGUAUUAAGCUUCUUAUGCAGACUCAUGGUGUGCGGGCUGGGCGAGAAGGUGCUAAGAAGGCAAUUGGUUUCAUUGAGGCCAUAACAUUGGUAGGGAAAGAAGAAGGACUAAAAGGGUAUUGGAAAGGAAACCUUCCUCAGGUGAUUCGGAUCAUACCUUAUAGUGCUGUCCAGCUCUUUGCUUAUGAAACUUACAAGAAACUGUUUGUGGGAAAGGAUGGUAAGCUCUCUGUCGCUGGAAGACUUGCGGCAGGUGCUUGUGCAGGCAUGACAUCCACUUUCGUAACAUACCCUUUGGAUGUUUUGAGAUUGCGUCUAGCAGUUGAACCAGGGUAUCGAACUAUGAGUGAGAUCGCCUUAAACAUGUUACGUGAGGAAGGAAUUGCAUCAUUUUAUUAUGGUCUCGGGCCUUCUCUUAUUGGCAUUGCUCCAUAUAUUGCUGUGAACUUUUGCAUUUUUGACUUGGUCAAGAAGUCUUUGCCAGAGAAAUAUAGACAGACAACUCAGGCAUCUCUACUAACAGCUGUGGCAUCUGCUGCUGUUGCAACACUCACAUGUUAUCCUUUGGAUACAAUUAGAAGACAAAUGCAAAUGAAGGGAACGCCUUACAGGACAGUUUUGGAUGCUUUUCAAGGAAUCAUUCAAAGCGAUGGCGUUACCGGCUUAUAUAGGGGGUUUUUGCCAAAUGCAUUAAAAAACCUACCAAACAGCAGCAUUAGGCUUACUACAUUUGAUAUGAUGAAACGUCUGAUUGCAACUGGUGAGAUAGAGUUUCAGAAAAUUGUGGAGGAAAACCGUGAGAAACAAAGCCAAAAUGCCAAUAUUUGAACAAUCAUGUAUUGUUUGCUACUGUUAUUUUGUAGCCCAAUUUUUCCUCCGGGUUAUGUGUAGGAAUUAUGCUCUGUUGCGGUGUUGCCAUGAGUUUAACCCAUAUGAUAUGUGACAUUCUUCAGCUACCGGUGAAUAUUUGUCCUGGUGCUAUUCUUUUGUAGAACAAUCAUAUGCAACCAUUCUUAUUAUUGGUAACUUUUUUUAAAAGCAAAA